GGCAUGGUGUGGUGAAGGACGCAUCUGGUGAUGCAAGCGGACCGUGCGCAUGUGCUUGGCAAAACUGGGAAGCCUAGAUUGAACACUGCGGCGCGUCCACCGGGUUGACGACGGAACGCGCAUUUCACUGCACCGCCGCCACGAUCCUCAGCCGCCUCGAGACGCUCGGCAAACCACUCAGACCGACUACGCGAUCACGAAUCAACCGGAAAUGGAGAGCGCGGCCAAGCGCAAAGCCGCGAGUGCUGCAGCGGGUGACCACGACGGGCGCCCUGCGAAGCGACAAAAAGGGACGGCCGAGACGCCCAAUUCCAGAUCAGAGACGGUCGAGUCGACCACGACGGCAGGCUUGAAGUUCCUCGACAGCUUGAAGCAGGCCAAAGACAAGACCGGACGUCCCAUCGCAGUCCACUUCCUUACUCUUCCCGAUAAGGCCGAGGUGCCUGACUACUACGAAUUCACGAAACUGCCUAUCGCUAUUGAUACCAUCGAGAACAAACUCAACAACGGCGAGUACGCGUCCCUAGCUCAAGUCGAAAGCGACUGCAAAAGACUGGUCAACAACGCAAAGGCCUUCAACGACAAGAACUCCGUCAUAUACCAAGAUGCCGAGCGCCUACGCAAGACCGCCUCCAACUGGAUGGUGAAGCACAACCCCGCCUACCGUGACGGCAACUAUGUCGCAACAGCCACCCCGAUCCCGGGCGAAGACAACUCUACCCCGUCGAAACCUUCCCCUCGCGUUACCUCAACACCAAGAACCGCCCACACACAUACACCUGCUACACAAGAUACAGCCGACCGCCCUCGACGAGCGGCCGCUAUCGCCGCAUCGGCCACGCCAGCACCGUCAAAACUGCGACAGUCGGCGUCUGCUGCGCUGGAAGAUGACGACGAUAGUGCUGAGUACGAAGGGAAGACGUUCCAGCAGGCACAGGAGCAGAUCGUGAGGGAGAUUAUCGAUUAUGAGGACCAAGGACUGCAGAUAUUCCUACCCUUCCAGAACCUCCCGUCGCGCAGCUUGAAGGACUACUACCAACUGAUCAAAGACCCCAUGUCGCUGGCCGCCAUACAGAAGAAGGUUCGCGGAGUAGUGGGACGUGAGGCUCCGACAGGCCAUACAUUGUUCAAGAGCUGGGACGCUUUCGAAGAAGCUUUCAGUCUGAUUUGGAAGAACGCUCGUAUCUACAACGAAGAUGGUAGCGACAUCUACAACCUCUCGCUCGAGCUUGAAGAAAUCUUCAACAAGAAACUCGAAGAAGCCAGAUCCAAAGUCAGCGAGCCAACGCAACCGAAGCUGAAGCUUAACAUGUCCAGCGCCGCAGCGGCCCCAAAACAACAGCUCAAGCUCAAGCUGAAGCCGAGCCCGGGAUCAGAGCGCAACACUCCAAGUGCUCGCGAUUCUGCGACGCCCGGCGUCAUUGUUGAUAACGAUGCCCUUCUGCGACAACAACGACAUGUUCUUGACAGCGUGGGCAACCGAUUAUCUCAGCCUCCACCUGGGAAAGCCGGGACGCCAACUGCACCUGCCAAUCCGUUUACUGGACCGAGAGGUGGUGCUGCGACGAUUGCACCACUCUCCGCCGCCCAGAGCAAAACUGCAGGAUCUCCGCCGGCAGUCAAUGGUGUUAAGCAAGAUGUACAAUCACCUGCCCUGAGUGCUAUCAGGCCGGCCAGCACCGCACCGGAUAGUCAGGCUGCACGACUCAGUGUACCAGCGCAGACUCCACACCCGAGCAUGGCCCCACCGCAGAGUGUAUCUCGCCAGGCAAGUGGCAGUCCACAUCCGAACGGUGUUGGGCUGCAGAAUGGAAACCACGUUCCUUCAUUCCAAACGCCAACCUACUACGCGCCUCCACCAGUAGCCCGCGUAGAUAGUUUCAGAAAGGUGCCACUCAAGAGCGUCGACGAAGCACUAAUACCCAAAAUCACGCUCAACACUCAUCCAGCGCUUAACCCGUCGAAGCCAUGGUCCACUAGCAUCCUGGCAAACAAACAAAAGACCAUGUACAGUGCCACAAUGGUGGUUGCGCCAUCCAACUCUUACAUCCAAGUUGUACCCAAGGUUCCUAUUGCGCUUACAAGCCGGAUGUACCGCCUCUUCGUCACCGUGAACGGCAACAAGACACUCGAAGCAAAUCGUGUUCCUGUCACAGCAGGCAUCAACGGCACAAGCCCAAGUCCCAGCUACGAGGGCGGUAAGAAGAAGGGCGAGCCACUCUUCGAAGCGAAACUCGUAGCUGGCGUCAAUCGCAUCGAAGUCGAGAUUGUCGCAGAGAAAGAGCGCAAGGGUCAAGCCGAGAGCGGCACUGCGAAGAAAGAGGAUGUCGAGAUUGAAAAGUGUACAAUAUUUCUGCAUUUGCCUCGGCAACCGACGAAUUAGGCAUCCGACGACUUGGACCGGGCAGAUUCUGAAUACAAAUGGUUGGACUCGCGAGCGUUGUGGUAAUACGCUGAUGUGGUUUUCUUGAACGCUUAGGGUACUGGCGUUUACCAUGGCGGUGGCAUUAGCAUCAGGAUAACAGGAGUUACGGUGCGUGCUUGCUUUUAUCUAAUGGCGGGUAUACCGAAAUUGGGGCGUGUUGUCAAGCUGGGAGAAUGGGACUGAAGAACCGAGGAUUGAGACUAUGGAGUGGGAGGAAGCGCGAUGGACAUUCCGCGUUGUAAGAAUAGGGCCUUGUCGAUCGAGACGUGCACAUCUAUCUACUGAGUUUCUUUGAAACAAAUCAAAUAUUCGAAAUAUGUAGGCUCCGCGCAUGGGUCC